AUGGAGAACCCCGAAAAACCAGCUGGUGGACAGGCCGACGAUCUUCACUCCAUGCCAUGCGUCCUGAAGCUUCCCUUCGAGUCCCUUUCCACGGCCCCCAUUUCCCUCGACCAAGUACCCGCAGCUCGGUACCGGUUCAUCGACGCCAAACCCUUCGCCAACGGCAGUUAUCUCCGAGUAGUCGAAACAGACAUCCUGCCCAAAAACCGCUACGCCGCCAUCUCCUACGUCUGGAAAGGCGUCCCCCCCUUAAACCCCACCGCCAACCCACCCCCAACAAUGACCAUCAAAUCCGCCUUCAACGCCGACCCCAUCUCCCUCCCCGCCCUCCGCACCGCCUGCCGCGCCGCCCUCCAGCUUGAAUGCCCCCUCCUCUGGCUCGACGGCCUCUGCAUCAAGCAAGGGGACGAAGACGACAAGGCUUGGCAGAUCCAGAGAAUGUUCUCCAUCUAUGAGCACUGCCACGUCUGUCUUAUCCUCCCUGGAGGUUUGUCACGACUUGUCGCCCUUGAGGAAGAAACCAACUGGGUCUCCCGCGCAUGGACUCUCCAAGAAGCUAUCGCACCGCCCCGUUGCAAGGUGUUAUUUUCAUGGACCCAUGGCACUUGUUAUCUAGAGUCGCUGUUCUACUUGCAUGUUGAACAAGUGGAGGGUGACGAGUCAGGGGCGGGAAUGACGGAGCUGGUGUCUUUGUUGGCGGCGUCUUCUAGGGCGACUUAUCUGGUUACGAAAUCGGAAGAUGAUCCCACGCAGGAAAAGAAACAGAAGUUGGAAAUGAACUUGAUAGUGGGGGAUAAACGGCCCGGGGACAGGGUGCAGAGGAAUGCGCUGAUUGGGGCGCUGGAUCUGAAGGGGAAGGAGGGGAUGGCCUCGGCGAUUUGGCGGGCGGCCAUGAUGCGUGUUGCGUAUCGGCCUGUGGAUAUGAUUCUCAGUAUUAUGGGCAUGUUUGGAGUGUCUUUGGACGCAAGGGAAUUUGGACACGAUGACAGGCUAAAGGCAGCACUCGCUCUCAUGAGAGAGAUUUUGGCUCGAGGUGGCCGGGCUGAGUGGCUUGGAGUGAUUCCAAGCCUGCCUCCAGGUAAGGUUUUCUCAACUGCACCAAAUAUUCUGGAGCUUGGGGAAGGUGUUGAGGCGCAUUUGGGGGAUGAAGAUGCCAUGGAGAAUGGGUUGCUUUGGUGGUUACAGGGUGCCCCGACCGGUUUUGUCGAUGAAGACGGCUAUGUCAAUGUCACAGCACCAGUUGCCUCUGUGAUUGUGUCUGCUUCUGGGGGAUCUGAAAACACCACGGGCACGGGGGCUCACAGUAUACGGGAUCAUAGACAUCAACAAUGGGACAUAAUCGACGUGCAAGGUGGAUCAUCGUUGCCACCAUACGCGGUUCACCUUGGAGAAAAGAAGAACUAUCUCAACGGAAGCUAUCCUACUUGGUCUGAUCCUGAGAAUAACCUCUUUAUGUUGGUAGGACAAGAGAGAAACGGAGGGCUACGAGUCGCAGGAUAUGCUGUUGGAACAGCCCAGGUGCUUUCAUCUUCUGGAUGGAGCAAAAAUGAGACAAUCAGGGUCAAGUAG